UCCCAUCCUCUGUUUCUUAAACCUUUGUUUAAAUUAAAAAGAUAGUGAAACAAAAUAUUAAAAACACCCGAUUUGGGAUUUCUCUGUGACCGAGAGAUUUGAUUUCCGAUUGAGACUUCUUGAAGCUAACACACAGUUUCCUCUGUUUCUCCCCUCUUUACACUUAUAUUACAUACACCUUUCCUUAACCUUGUCCACACACAUAAUUUCCUCAUUUCUCUCUUCAAUUCCUUUGUCUCCUACCGCCAUGGCCAGAAACCCCAUCUUCUCCCGUCGCCGGAGGUCCGAUCAGCUUGACGCUUUAGAUCGUUUUCCCACCUCUGAUUCUGAAGUCCAUGUUCUCGCCGUCGAUGACAGCCUCGUCGACCGUACAGUAAUUGAACGCCUCCUUCGUCUUACUGCCUGUCGAGUUACUGCAGUUGAUAGUGGAAUUAGAGCUUUACAAUAUCUUGGAUUGCAAGAUGAGACUAAUUCCCAAGUUGGGUUUGAUGGGUUGAAGGUUGAUAUGAUCAUAACAGAUUACUGUAUGCCCGGAAUGACAGGAUACGAAUUGCUUAAGAAAAUUAAGGAAUCAUCAACUUUGAGAGAGAUUCCGGUGGUAAUUAUGUCGUCGGAGAACGUGGUGGCGAGGAUAGACAGAUGUUUGGAGGAAGGAGCGGAGGAUUUCAUAGUGAAGCCGGUGAAAUUAUCUGACGUGAAACGGCUCAGGGAAUAUAUGGUGGGGGAUGAAAAGACCGGAAAUGAAAGAAGUGGGAUCAAUAAAAGGAAGCUACGAGAGCCGUGUGAUCAACCUUCAUCAUCACCGUCCAUUUCAUCACCAGCAUCAUCGGAUUCCUCUCCAUCAUGUCCAUCACCUUCAUCAUCACCGUCAGAUUCGCUUCAGUCCACCCCAUCAUCAUCAGAACCGUCAUCUCCAAUGUCCACUCCACAAUCGGACGGUUCUAAAUGACCACCAAUAAAUCAAGAACACGGUGUGAGCAUAGCAGCCUAUCAAUCCCCCCCUCUUGUUAUUAUUUCUUUUUCUUUUUUCUAAAAAAAAUUAAAUAUCUUUCUUUAAUCUUUUCCUUGUCCUGUUAGUUUUAACGGUUAUUCACGUGAAAUCCCAGUUUUGUCCGUUAAGUUUUAGCCUUUAGAUCAGGGACUUGGGGGUACCGCCGUUAAUUACUAAAACGCAACGCAUGGCAAGUCGUGAUGUACAAUUAAUUUUAUAGAAUUCAAUCAUAUUUUUUCUUUUAUAUAUAUACAUAAAAAAAUCCGAAUAUUUUGUUAAA